GUUGAACAAAACUACCCACUGUGUAGGAGAAGAUCGUCACAUACUCGAGUCAUUCACACAGACGAUUGUGUCAUAGUUUUCCUCUCUUGUUAGGACACAGUAAGCAUAGGUAUCAAAAACUACUACGCAUAAGAUUAACCACGACCACCAAAAUGGGAACUGCUACAAGACGAGAUCAUGAAGAAGAAGUCUCGGCCGUCCGUCCUCUGGUAUCUUCUACUCAGGAGGAUGCGAGGACUGCGUCAAAGGACACUGCAUCUCCAUCGCCAUCUGUGCGAAAGCAGGGACACGGCGGACCCACUUCCGUCGCUAAUCCAACUCACCUGCCUGGAGGAGGACGACAUAUGUCUAAGCGGGAACAAGACAUUUUCAAGUUGCACGCAGACCCAUUGAUAAAGCGCUUUCGAAAAUGGGUUUGCGGUAAGUACGGCAAUAUGGUGCGAGCAUGGUACCACGCGUUAGCUUUGAUUGUGGUAUGUUUGAUGUUGCUACAAUCAUCAACUACAGCUAGUCGAAAGUGAAGAUCAUGUCUUCGUUGCUAGAUGUGCAGCUGACGUAGGUGCAGUAGUCUACCGGAGCCUGCAGGUGUGCCGAUAUACGAAUCCUGCUAGUAGACCCAAUAUUACAAGAACCAUCCAGGUACACACUAGACACAGAUGGAAACGGAUGCUUGGUGGCAAAGGAGUUCUGUGAGGCCCUACGAAAGCUGGGGUACCCCGAAGGCAUACAGACGAUUUGGAAACGUUUUAGUGCGAUCGACGGUGGUCACAGUGUUAUGGCACAGGUUACUUCGUAGUUUGAAAUUAGAGGAAUAAGAAACAGAAAGAGCUGGCUACCUUUGCUCCUCGUUGGAAUGGUGAUUGUCCAAAGAACUUAGACUAUCCCUGAGGCACCCACUGCUACUCGCCGCGAGUAACGGUAAUUACAUUUUCUCCUCCUUUCUAAGCACCUGAGUUUCGACGUAUUCGAUCCAGUGGGGUUCACGCUGAUCGCUCAAUUUCGUGAGCGGUGUGAAGAGUUACUGCGAUUGGUGAGGAACGACUAUGAUGUGGAGGGAACGAUUCCAGAGCUAUUCGAACAAAUGGACACUGAUGGAAACGUUAAGGCAAACGCAAACGAGGAUGACGAUAAGGUGGUUUUUGACUUGAUGGGGACGGGGAGCGACGACCACUAUUGCAUGCUUGCUGAAGAUGAUAUUCAGAAAUUUCAUUUCAUUUGAUCUGUAGAAGAUGCACUGAUUUAUCGACGAAAUCAUGGUAAUUGGCUAUGAUUUCUAAUGACAAAGUCGAUUAGAGAUUUGGCGUGUUGAUCCUGAUGUAUUCAGCGAAUACUUUGUCCUUACUCUAAUUUCUGCAAGAUAUGGGAAGCAGAGUUUGUGGCUGCCUGUGUGCAAAGACUGGGGUAAGCGCCAUUUCUUUGUUGCCUGAAAAAUUAGAAAUUUUUACAUGAGCAGAGUAAUUCGAUUCAUUAUGACACUUUUUUCUUGAAUUUGAAUUUGAAAUGAAUAAGUUUGAUCAAAAUAGAUUAAAAUCAAAAUUUUUCGAUUAUUUCGAUUGAAUUCACAAAAAUUUUGAUUUUAUUCCAUUUUAAUUCAAUUUAAAUCCUGGCGAUAACUUUGCAUUUGGUUUAAAGUAGUUGGUUUGAAAAUUGAAGCUAUUUCAGUAUUUUCUACUAAUGGUGAAUCCUUUUGAAUUUUGUGUCAAGUAUUCAGUAAAUAGUUCUAAUAAAGCGUCGGAGUACCAAAUUUCGAAGAAAAAACUUCAUGCUCGAAAAAUAAAAAAUUCAUCUCUUUCAUUUUAUAAAAUUUCAGGUCUGAAAUUUCUUUUCCAAUCUUCAAGUAAAAGUAUUGCUUACUCAAUAUUUCUGUCAAAAUCUAGGAGAAAAUUUAGAGUACUGGCAUAGAAAUCUACUGAAAGGAAAAAAACAAGGCAUGGUCUAAAAAUCAAAAAUUCGAGUUUUAUUACGUGCAAUUUUUAGCGAGAAAAAAUAUGAUUUAUGUGAUAGGUUAAGCCACCAAUAUUGCUCGUAUCAAAAUGGCUCUUAGACCGCUGUGACCAACACGAUGAGCCUCCUUUUUACUAUUAUUCCCCCCCACAAAUGUUAAUAUUCUCCUUAUUCCAACCUCUACCAUCUUUCUAGGUACUCAUCUGCAUCUGCUGCCGCCCUAUUCCAACUAGUCGAUGUUUCUGGCAAGGGCAUCGUUUUGUGUGAUGUUUUGCCUGGAUUGCAGCGGGACAUGAUGGGUGUAACCAAGGAGCAACAAAUGGUUACCCUGGAGAUGCGACUAGAGAUGCGAAAACAACAGCAGCAAGACCUGAUUGACCGAGUGAAGAGACGACAAAGUAAAAACAUCGUGCUUAAAGAGUUCUUAAGGCUGAGAAGAACCUGCCUCCACGUGAAUCCCGUGAAAAUACUGAAGAGGGAGCCCGUGCCUGUAUUGAGGCAAGUGUUGGCUCGAGUACUAUGUUCAGGGGAUUACUUCACGGGACAGGUUAGGUCUAGUUCUAAAGUUCAACAAUUACUACAGUUCCUGUAGUUCAUCUUCGGGCGGUCCUAGUACUCCUGAAAAUUUGAAUACGACUAUGGGUGCUGGGACACUGCAAGUUGGAGGCUCGUCAUCGAGCACUGCGCCGCAGCGAACAACUACGAAUGGUGGAGGCGUUCUUGGUGAUGCGAAUCAACAAGGUGAUGCGAAUCAAGGUGAUGGCCUUUUUGCGUCGCUCUUGGACGAUGGUGCAGCUGAAAGUAGACCCGCUUUUUAAGGCUAGUAGAUUUAACUUGAUGAGGACAACAUCCACCUUUUACAACUUCUUCCUCGUGUCAAGGAUCUAGAAGCAUUGCUGCUACAACUAGCUAUAAGAAUCAGACACGACUUGAACUUGUUAUAGCAUCUCUUUUCCUUCAUGCUUUUCGUUCGCUUCCCUCACUUCUCAACAGAAUCAGAACAAGCCCAAACAGAUGCCAACAAGUUCUUUCUUAUUCUACAAGUUGUAGCUAAUGCUCUGGUUCUUCUAAGACAGGAGCCAGCCUCCUCGUGCGAUGACCAAAGUGCAGGAGAUUGCCGCGCAGGUAGUCGCAAUACCUCCGGCUAGUGGGAGCACGACUGUUGAAGUCGAAGAUGGUAGAAGCCUUCCCGGUGGAGGAGUGAUUGUGUCUUCCAACGCUGCCACGACACCAAAGAAACCGGGUAGUGCUCCAGCAGGGACUUCUCGGAGACGGAAACGGCAGGAAAACCCAGGUGGACCAGCUAGUCUUCAUGCUUUUCGUCUGUUUCUCAAACAGAAGUUUGGGAGCGUAGUGCUAGCUUGGAUGCAUUUUGACGUGGACAAUAGUGGCCGCAUCAGCUUUCGCGAAUUCACGAGAGGAUGUCGUGAAGUCGGAUGGUUUCUGAAUCUAAGGCAACUGUGGAAUGAGUUCGAUCAGGAACGUACUGGCUUCAUCACCAUCGAUUUCCUAGACACAUCAGGGGACAGCAAACUCCUCUCGAAAUUCACGAACGACGUCAUAGUGAAACUGUAUGGCAACGUGGAGCGGGCGUGGAGACUGGUAGAUAGAUUAUUGCUUGCAUAAUUCUUAAAUAGGUCGUAUACUAUAUUUAAUAAUAUUAUACUACCCCGAUGCCACAGGGGUGGCCUUGUAGUUCUUCCCUUCGUCCCACGCAAGAAGGUUCGUCUUCGUCAUCUUCACGCUUCGCUUCAAUAAGUGCGUCUACUCAGCAACGUAUUAAGUACUUGCCUCUUCCCUCCGGGUGGACGAAUAAAAAUGCAACCUGAAUAAACAAUUAGCAGCUCUUCAACCCCUGGCAAGAGGCACAUCAAUCAAUCAACUUACUUAAUACCUCUUUGUUUUCUCCAAUCAAUCAAUGAAUCAGUCAACUUACUUAAUACCUCUUUCCUCUACAAGAACGUCUUCACAACGAACAGCAUUUCGUGCGCGAGCAGCUGACAGGACGAGUCCCGAAGCCGGUUUUCCUUGAGCUCUGUUCCAACGUGGGUGUUGAUCAUGGUUCCAGUACACCGACCAACUCGUCAAUUUCGAAGCACGAAGACUCGUCUGUUGCUUAUGAAAAUUUUAUUAGCUUAUGCACUGAAUUGAAAAGUUUAUUAGCUAGUACAAUGGCGCAGUACUUAUUCGAGUUUAUUACACAUUGAUUCAUUCCGAUAGUUCAACUAUCGUUACGCCAGUCAUCUAUGAUGACUGGCGUCACUCCUUUACGUAUUCGAGGCGAAAGAUAUGUCAGAUAAUCAAGAUGCGGCUCUAUUGUAGCAUUCGAAGAUCUAAUACGGUUUAAAUUUUACAUAUUGUCUACUGUAGUAAUAGAACUUUUUUAACUUCUUCUAACGACUCCAAGCAGGCGGUCUUCCGUCUAGUACCGUGGAAGCCCAGCGGCAUCGAGCAGGAGCUCACUCGAAAACCAUAGUGGAAGCCCAGUCUCUCGCGAGUGAUUACGCACUGAAAGUUUGGAACAUUCUAGACUUUGACCGUAGCGGAUACAUGACCCGGGACAAGUUCAUUCUGCUCGAUUUGUACCACGAAAAAGACGAAGAGACCCUGCGAAAGGAGGCAGAGAAGUUGUUGGAGCAGCAACGUGGAAAAGGUGGGAAGAAAGAUGGCAGUGGAGCACAAAAAAUGACACUGGCUUUAUGGCAAAGAAAAACUUCAUCCUCUAGAUUAGAUUGGCAAAGAAAAACUUCCUCUAGAUUAGAUAGAUCCACAUCCUCAUGAAAGAAAAUCUUGCUCUUCUUGAUCUUGCCUUCUCUGUCUCCUCUUCCAGGAAUCCAUCCCCAGGUUGGAGGGGAGUAAAAAUUUCCCCUUUUUCAUUUCUUGAGGAGCUCCUCCGACGACGGAUGGAACAGGCACAGAAACUGAAACGUGAAGUGCUUGAUUUGUACGAAAACUUCAAAUCAGCGCUCCUUACACGAUUCGGCAACAUGAUUCGUGCAUGGCAGUACCUCGACAAGGAUAAGAGCGGUAAUUUUUCAUUCAUCUCAGUACCUCGACAAGGAUAAGGAAGGGGAAUUUUUUAUUCAUGCACGGACGGCCAUGUCCUUGUCCUUUUCAUGCACGGCCAUAUUCUUGUCCUCGUCCUUCAAGGAACUGCUCGGCCAUGAUAUAAUUCUUCAAUGAUGUCGAACUGCUCGAUCAGCUGUAGUUGAGCUCCUGCAAAGAGUUCUUCACAUUUUGACUAGAGAUAUCCGAUAUUAUAACGUGGUAUGUACCUCUACGACCUGCUGUAAACACAGAUGAAGUUUAGUAAAUACAACUGUACAACUUAAUGACCAACUAGACGAUUAGAAUCAAAUAUUAUCCCAACGACCCGCCCUCUCUAACAAGGUGUACACGACGCAUAUUAAACCAACGACCCCUCCUCCCCACCAGGUAAAGUGUCCUACACGGAAUUUGCGAAAGCCUGUUUAGAUUUGGGUUUUCGUGGCAAGCUUAAGGAGCUUUUUCGACACAUCGAUGACGACGCGACUGGGAUGGUGUCUUUCCAGGAGUUUGCUCCGGAUAUCUACGCAGCCUUUGAAGAGUGGUUUACUUAUCUUUAAGGCUAGUUGUAUAAGACGCAGGCAUCAUAGCUAGUGCUAGUACUACAAGGAGGUGGCACUCGUAUCUGACAUAGUAUCAUUAUACUAUUAAAAAAGAUGUGGUCUUGAUGCAGGUAGGGAUGUGAUCUUCGGGCAUGCUCCACGUACUAGGCAUGCAGCAACCAGACAGGUGAUCAGGGCGAUUUCAGGUAUGCUUCCGCAACGCAACAGCAACUAAGGGCAGGUGGAGUAGAAUACAACUGUACUUGUGAGGAGAAAUAUGUAUACUUAAAUAGAACAAGAAAUAUAAUAUAUAAAUACCCUUGUUCUUGUUUUCUUCUAAGGACCACGCGACAUAGUGGAUGACGAACGAGUUUCUUCAGGUUUCAAAAGUUGCUUUGGUUCCCAGGGAAACAUCACACGAGCAGAAUUUCUGGCAGGGUGUCAGCGUCUGGGCUACACUGAGCAUGCGCGCUUGUGCGAUCCCAACACGCUUUUUUAAGGCUUCCCCUUAUCCACUUGAACCGAAAUCUAACCGAUUUAAAACUGGACCUGAAGACAAACCGACACAAUCUUCAAAGUAAAAGCAUCUUGAAGCUGUUCCAUAAGGAGAGAGGAGCAUCAAGAUGCGCCUCAAGAUGGAUAAGCAUAAGGGUCGUGAGCUCGAACUUUUCGACUGGCUGGAUACCGAUAGCGGAGGUUCUCUGAACUUUGAAAGUGAGAUCGCGUGGCUCGAGAAGCAAGAGGUGGUGAAAUUAAGGGCUUGUUUCACAUUGCAUCCCGCACUGCCAUUCUCGACUUCUUAUUUCCCCAUAGGACAGAAUCAGAAGUCAAGCGGAUGUUAAUCGUCCUAGGCAUGCAAUGGCGCAACUACUUCUACUGAAACGGUUCGAGAAUUUAGCGGAGGAUCGCGGAAUGGUGCGUAUUUCUGGCCGUUUCAAACUGCCUACUGGGAAUUCGAUGAUGUCGCAACAGCUGAGAUGGCGAGAGCGACGACUUUCACAAGCAAUGGGCUGGGAAGAGCCGACGCAUGGUAUAGGGAUUCUGCCGCAAAAUCCGAAGUAUUUCACGACUUUGACUUCACGUCCCGGCAGUGCUAUCUCAGCUAUUAUUACGGCACUCACUAAUUAUAUUAUUACAAGCUGAAGUUCUUUAUUCGUUUUUCAAUGUUUUCCUCAUCAAUGUGGCGAAGGAUCCUGUCAAAAGACACUACUAGAAGUCGUUCCAUUGUAUGUGCGUGAGUGUAUGCGUGGGCGAAAACCACUGCUGCAAGAAUCUCCUCUGUAUACAUAGGUAGGAGUUCGGCAAGGGAAACCACUCUGCUCAAGUUAGGACAGAGGAUCAUGAAAAACGACGUCAUGGUGAUCCUCUUCCUCUAAUGUGAUCGCUGGAGCAGGCCAAGCACCAAUGGGCCAUAUUGGCGCUCCUCCUAUCGCUCACGCGGGGGUGGCUUCGGGUCCUGUCGCAGCCAACCCACAUGCACUUAAGGAUGAAGAAAACGACGCGUCUACGCGUCUCACGGGUCAUCUAGACCACAAUAGAAUUCGACCAGCAUCCGCGGGUUUGCCUGCAGUAUCGUCAGGAACUGGCCCUCUACUUGCUAUCAAAGACGAAAAUCAGAAUGCCUCGAUGAAAGCACAACAACAAGCAGGUUCUAGUUCUGGUGUACUAGCAAAUAUAGCAGGAGCUCCUGCCCGAGGAGUUGGCGCACACACCGAUAAUGUAGAAGUAGCUCUUUGCGGUGUGGGUCCGACUUCCCCGAUAGUGGUAGUUAUGGCUUUGGAUGAAAGUGGGAAAUUCAUUUUUUGGUACUUACAUCCCUUUUAUAGUUGGCGUUAAUUUGGGUAAAUAGGUGCUACUGUACAGGUGCUUAGCUGUACAUCUAGAUAGCACGGCAACGUGUCCAUCCAAGAAAUUACCUCUUCAUUCAUUGCCUGUAAUUCUCGGCUCUUCUCUCACGCUUAUUCGAAAACUCAAAAAAACUGAGUUACUGACUGAAAUAGGGGAGGUAGCUUAAGAACAUCCAGGCUACUCUUCCUUCUCAUCAGUAUCUCGCUUAUUCUGAUCAGUUACUUGCUUAUUUCAGUUUUUCGAAUGCCAGUUUUUAGUACAUCCCUUUCGUUAGAAACUAUUUUUCUACUGCUGCGGAGUAUUUUUCUACUUCUUGUUCUUCUAACCUAUGCCACGCGCGUCCGCAUUCAAGCCGAGCAGCGGAGCCUUGGAAACGUGGGUAUAAACUUGCAAUGCUGACGAAUCCAAGUGCCAAUCCUAUAGUCUCAGCGGGCUCCUCCGGAGCAAUCUAUGCUGCUGGUGUCCACCUGAAGAAUAUCCAAGGGGCUGGAGAAGGAGGCUCUCUGGCGCAAGCAGCAGGUGUUAAGACCUCACGUAUUUAAAGCGUUCUUGCAGUCUUUAAUUUAGUUGGUCAUUCUUGAUAAGAAGGUCAAGUAUGAGCAUGAUGAGGAUGAUGACCAAAAAUAUGUGGUCAAACUGAAAUCUUCGAAGAAUAAAUAAUUGCAGGACUAAAAUUUGUAGAUCAAUCUAGUGCAGAAAUACACUGUAGGCCAGCCUUCUCUACUGCUUGUACUUCUAAGGACCACGGGAAGAAUAUUUAGUGUAAAUAGCUACAGCCUUCGCUACUUCUACCUGUUGUAGUUCAUCUAAGUCAACAGGUGGCACCAGCAAACGUCCUGGCACGGCUCCGAAGACGCUCUCGCUACGCGCAAUGCGGGAAGAGCAGAAGCGGAGAGACCGAGAAACGCAAGCUGCGGAAGACUGGAAGAACAAGGUCUAUGACCGAGUACAGGCGAUGUCAGCUUUGGAGCUUCAGGCUGUGGUGGACAAAGCGACAGCCUUACCACAGGUUACCUGGACUUUGGACGGCGAACGGGCCGUAAUCUUUGGUGGAUCUCGCGAACGAGCAGGCACGGUCCUGGCCAGACAGAGAAAUUUACGAUCAUUUUUUGGGACUACUUUAUUUUUAUGUAUAAUUUAGUCUAGCUGUAGCUGCUCUAGUUCAGUUGUUGUAAUUGUUGUGGGGAAAAAUUUGCCGUGUUGUAUCACUAUGAUUGCUUCUGUAGCACGAAGUAACACAACUGGUUAGUUUUCACCUCUAUACUCUAGGUCUAUCCCUUCAUGCAAAAUAUAACCAUGAUUGCUUCUUCUCCCAAGGUGUUGUGAAGGUGUACUAAGUAAACGUAGCCGAACUUCAUCAACUUCAUCAUGUAGAUGUAUAGUCGGUCUGUAUCUAUUCGAAAACUCAAAAUAACCGAGUUACUGACUGAAAUAAGGGAGGUAGCUUAACAUCAAGGCUACUCUUCCUUCUCAUCAGUAUCUCGCUUAUUCUGAUCAGUUACUUGCUUAUUUCAGUUUUUCGAAUACUUACGCGAAAAGGGCAAAUAGACGGGUAGCUAACUGAAAUAGCGGAGUAACUACGUAGCUGCUCUUCUUUCAGUAUCUCGGUUGUUCGAAGUAGUGAUUUUCUUUUUUUCCUUUUUAUCGAGUACCUGUGGUCUGCUCAAGAGGAGCUCAUAACAGACCUCUCCUCUGAGUGACGAACUCGAGCUCCUCUAGUAGUAGUCUUCAGAGAAACAGAGGGUCUUGACUUUGAGGCUGAGGUUCUAAGAAGCGCGGCCGCACGUGAGGAGCGACGCCAAAGUGCUCGAUUGGCGAAGGAGCUGGAAGCAAAGCGGCGGGAGCGCGAGAAAAAACAAGGUGCACUCGACGCGCUGGUCGCAAAGAAAGUCGUUAGAAUUGCAUAGUAUAACGUUAACGAUAAACUACGUGUCCACAUAUUACUUCCAACGUGCUCUUCAUCGAGAUUUUUAGGUUGUCUGUUUUAGGCAGAUCAUGCACUGUUGACAACUGUUGUGCGCUUGUUGUUAUUUCCAAUCGAAAACAAAAAGAGUAGUUUGACUUUGUUUUAUUAGGAAAUUAAUCUUGAAAUGCAUACGGCCGCAACUAUUGAAUCAAAAUAAGAGAAACUACAGAAAGAUUAAGUUUAAGUUUAAGUCGUAGAUCCAAUCCGAAUCGACUAACAUCAUCAUCAAGCUUGAGAUAUAAAAGAGCUAGGACAUCAACAUCAUCGCGGAUACCUGAUUGAAAUUGAAUCAAUAACACUAAGAUUGAAAGAACAGCCAACCACGAAGAUCCUACUGUGUAAGAGCUAGUACGACAUUUAUAAUUGAUGUUGUUCGUUAUUUUUACACAUGUUACGAACUACUUACAUAGAAGUUCUUCCGCUGGAGGUUCAUUUUACUACACAGACAUCUAAUAUUUCGAUCUAUCCUAUUUCUAUUUGUAUUUAGCAAACACACGUCCUCGAGGUCGUCGUUUACCCAUCUAACCCUAAGACUAACUGAAGAGAUCAUAACACUAAGACUAACUGAAAAGAUCAGGAUCAUCUAACAAACUGAAGAGACUUCUACAUACUAGCGAAAAUUCUUGCUCGAUGUUAUUGCUCAUCCUUAUUUUUAUACAACCAUGACGGCCACGGCUGCCAGCAAAUCUUUCAUCACCCAGACUGAGUCGUGAUGUAUGGUCUUCCUCCUCCGUCAACAACAGGUGUGUGCGGGGUAAGUAUGC